AUGGCUCGAAGAGGUGGUGUAAAGAUAUUUUAUUCUGAUAACGCUAAGACUUUUCGAAGCUCAUGUGAAAUCCUUAAGCAGUUCAAAAACAUAAUAAGACAGCCCGAGCUGAAGAGUUUUAUUGCUUCUGAAGGUAUAUCCUGGAAGUUUAUUCCGGAGCAUUCUCCAUGGUGGGGAGGCUUCUGGGAGCGAUUGAUGCGAAGUAUUAAAGAACCCCUGAGAAAGACACUUGGAAGAGCAUUGUUGACUUUGGAGGAAUUGUCAACUGUCCUCACAGAGAUGGAAUGCGUGAUCAACAAUCGACCGAUUACGUACGAAAGUGAUGAGUUGGAUGAACCAAGAGCUCUUGCGCCUUCACAUUUCUUGCUUCCCGGACAGUCAGAACCUGGAUUUGUACCAGAAUACUUUUUGGACUUGUUUGAAUCUGCAUCGGAUCGUGUGACCUUGAGCAGACGUAAACUUUUCCAGACUAGACUUUUGAAGGAACUUUGGCUUAAAUGGAAGGAACAGUAUUUGUUAAUGCUAAAGAGUGCGCAUAAUCUUGCGAAUCCAUCGUCUUACCAAAAUCUAAAAAUUGGAGAUAUCGUCUUGGUUGAAGGUGCAUCUAAAUCAAAAUUGCUCUGGGAGAUGGGAGUGAUACAAGAGCUAAUCAUGGGAAGAGAUGGACUUGUGCGAGCAUGCAUAGUGAAAACGUCAAAGGGUAAAUUGAGAAGAGCAGUCCAGUUGUUGUACCCUUUAGAAAUGUAG